AUGACAGAACACAAACAGUCACUGCAGAUGCCCAAAACUGACCACAAGCGACCAAUUCAGGAAGUGGCUUUCCCCUUGGAUAACGAUGAUGACAAGAUCGUUGGGGGUUACACCUGUGCCGAGAACGCUCUCCCAUACCAGGUGUCCCUCAACAGUGGCUACCACUUCUGUGGCGGAUCCCUCAUCAACAGCCAGUGGGUCGUGUCUGCUGCUCACUGCUACAAAUCCCGCAUCCAAGUGAGAUUGGGUGAGCAUGACAUCGAUGUACUUGAAGGGACUGAGCAGUUCAUCGACUCUUCCAAGGUCAUCCGCCAUCCCAACUAUGACAGCUGGAUUCUGGACAAUGACAUCAUGCUGAUCAAGCUGUCGACCCCCGCCACCCUCGACAGCCGCGUGGCUUCCGUCUCCCUGCCCUCCUCUUGCGUGGAGGCCGAGACCACUUGCUUGAUCUCUGGCUGGGGAAACACCCUUAGCUCUGGCUCCAACUACCCCUCGCUGCUACAGUGCUUAGAUGCCCCCGUGCUCUCCGACACCGAUUGCCACAACGCCUACCCUGGAGAAAUCACUGAAAACAUGAUAUGCCUGGGAUUCCUGGAGGGUGGCAAGGACUCCUGCCAGGGUGACUCCGGUGGACCCGUUGUCUGCAAUGGCGAGCUCCAGGGUAUUGUCUCCUGGGGUUAUGGUUGUGCCCAGAAAAACAGGCCAGGUGUCUACACCAAGGUCUGCAACUAUGUCAGCUGGAUCAGAGACACCAUGAGCAGUUACUAAGUGGUUU